GCGUUCGACGCGGAGCUCAUGGUCGCUGGCGGCAGCCCGGUUGCCGGGGUCACGUUCAAAAGCACGGCGCGGCUGCUGGGCGCCCCGGAGGCCUGCGCGGCGGUGUCGCCCGAGUGGUGCGCGGGGAUUGCGUCGGCGACGUGCCGGGUGGAGCCGCCCGGCCCUUCUGGGAAAGUGCUCGGGGUCCGCAUUGCGGGCGGCGAUCUGGAGGGGCAGUUCCGCGGCACCGUGGAGGCGACGGCGGCCGCCUGCAGCGCGCUGGAGCUCCUGGAGGACGCCCCAGCUGAGCUCGCCCUCCUCCGCAUGAGCACGAACGUCUGCCGCGUCGUGCGCUUGCUGCGGGCUGCUGGCCCCGAGAUCCCAGAGGCGGCUCUCGUUGACUUCGAUGAGCGCCGGGGGCUCGCGCUUUCGGCGCUGCUCUGGGGGCAGCUCCCAUCGGCGUGCCUGGAGCGGGCGGCUUGCGGUGCCAGGGGCGGCGGCCUCGGCCUCCGCCGCGCGGCUGACGCCAGCCUCCCCGCGUUCCUGGCCAGCCGCGCGGAGGCGCGGCCGCUGGCCGAGGAGCUUUGCAGCGCGAUGCCAGCCCAGUGGCGCGAGCUCCCGGCGGACCGGCGGGGCUUCGCAGCGCAGGUCCUUGCGGAGGGCGCUGCAGAGGCCGCCCGCGUCGCAGGGGAGUUGACAGGGCGCCUGCAGCCCCGCUGGCCAGCGCCAGAUUUGGCCGCCACCGUCCAGGCCAGGAUCGUGGCCCACAGCGGCAUCGAGGACCCGGAACACCCUGACGCGGCGGCGCGGGGCGGCCUGCAGGCGCGCCUCAGUGACCUGGUGGCGGGGGUCCGCCUUGAUGGCAUCUACGCCGAGCUCCAGCGCCAGGAGGAUUGGUCCGGGCUGCACUUGCUCGACGAUCUCCGGGACCCGGACACGGACCACUCCUGGAUGUGGGUCCUCAGUUCGGCCACUGGGGACCAUGUUCGGGCAGGUGAGUUCGUCGUGGCCGUCCGCCUGCGGCUCGGGGCGCCCGUCCUGGAAGCGCCAGCCACGUGCGCAUGCUGCGGGGGCGAGCUCGACCGUGAGUGCCGCCAUGCGUUGCGGUGUGCACCAGGGGCGAUCACCCGUGGUCACAACAAGGUCCGCGAUUCUCUCCUCGGACUUGCCAGCCUGUCUGACAACGCCGCCGCCGUCGAGGUUCCGGGCUUAGUCCCGUCGCACUCCGCCCUGCUGACCGGGGCGGGCGCUUGCGCCGCCAUGGUGGCAGAGAAGCGGGGCAAGUGCGCCCACGUGCUCCCAGAGCUCGCGGACGAGGGCAUCGAGUACUGGCCUCUGAUCUGGAGCUGCUGGGGCCGGCCGCGCAGCGAUGCGACUGCCGCCGUGGGGCCCAUGGCAGCGGCUGCCUCGCGCCGCCGCGGCGUGGCCGCGCCAGGUGUCCUGGCCCGUCGGGCCAAGGCAUUGGUGGGCGUCCAGCUCUGGCGCCGGGCGGCUGCCAUGGUGUCGGCCUGCUUGCCGUCGGCCCACCCAGGUGGCGUCGUGGACGUCCCCCCGGCGGCCCGCGAUCGCCGGUUGCCGGAGCUGGGGCUCGCUGGCGGGGCGGGGGCUGGCGAAGCGCAGGCGGCGUGGCCUGGCGGCCCGGUUGCCGCGGAUGGCCUUGCUGGCUCGGGUGGGGUGGAUGCCCCUGGCGGGUUAGAGACGACGCGGCGCGGGCCAGGGAGGCUAGCCCAAACGCUGCCGCGGGGCUUGUGGGCGCCCCUGGCUUGGGAGGCGCGGGAGGCGGAGCGGCGCUUGCUGGCCCGGGCGGCGCCGCGGGCGCUGCGGGCGGCGCCGCGAGCGUGGCCGCGCUCGUGGCCGCGUUCGAGGCGCUGGGAGGCGCUGAGCUCGGUGGCGCCGGAGGCGACGGCGCGGCGCCGGGUGGCCCGGCCGGGCCUGCGGCUACUGCGGCGCCCGCUGGCAGUGACCCUGGCCGCGGCGGCGCGGGAGGCGAGGCGGCGAUGGCCGGCCGCGGUGGCGCCGACGGCGUUGCGGGGCGCGGUGCAGGCGGCGCUGCGGGCGAGGAGGCGCUGUGGGACGCGCCCAGUGCGGUUGGAGGCUGCGCCGGAGGCUGGCGGCGAGGCCCCGCGCGCGCGGGAAUUGGCCGAGUCCGGGCCCGACUCGGCCACGCGCCGCGCGGGCGGGGGCGACGGCGCUGGAAGGGGUGCGCGACGCGCCCAGUGCGGCGUGGAGGCUGCGCCGGAGGCUGGCGGCGGGGCCCCGCCCGCGCGGGAAUUGGCCGAGUCCGGGCCCGACCCGGCUGCGCCGGGGGCUGGCGGCGGGGCCCCGCCCGCGCGGGAAUUGGCCGAGUCCGGGCCCGACUCGGCCUCGCGCCGCGCGGGCGGGAGCGACGGCGCUGGAUGGGUGCGCGACGCGCCCAGUGCGGCGGGCCUGGAGGCUGCGCCGGAGGCUGGCGGCGGGGCCCCGCCCGCGCGGGCAUUGGCCGAGUCCGGGCCCGACUCGGCCACGCGCCGCGCGGGCGGAAGCGACGGCGCUGGAGUCGCUGGAGGGGUGCGCGUCGUCACCCUUGGCGCGCCCGGGGGCCCUGCCGGCGCCGCCGAUGGCUCCGGGCUUGGCGGUGCCGCGGGGGCGCCCCCGGUUGCCUUGAGCGAGACGUCCUUUGCCGCAUUGGUUCCCCGGGUCAACGGAACCGCGUUUUCCGAAUUGCGCGGCGUCCGUUUCUUGAUCGUGGUGAUUGAGCGUGCGCCCCGCGCGAUGUAUUCCUGGGUGCAG